UGCCUCUUUGCCACCCUCUCUUCCCUAUCCCUGGCUAUAUCUCUAUACAACAGUCCUUGCUUUCUUUCAUCACUCCCUCCUAUAACAUAUCUUUUGACUCAAUUCUCUUUCUCGCUCUUUCUGUCUAUAUGUCCUUCUCGCUCUCUCACUCACACACAUACACGCACAUGCUUGCACCCGUUGCCUCCUGCUAGCAGAGCGGGGUGAUGCAGGAGCGGCGGCAGCAGCUGCUCUGACACAUCCUGGCGUAUAAAGAACACACACCGAAAAGGCAGAAGGAAAGAAGGAGGAGGAAGAGGAGGAGGAGGAGGAGAGGAGAGGAGGAGGAGGUGGAGAAGAUACAGAGGCAAAGAGGGAGGAGGACGAGGAGGUGAGGAGGACGAGAGAGGAGGAGGAGGACAUAACUCUGUCAAAAGGACACUAGAGGACAGGAGUAGGAGAAGAGGACGAGGAAGGAGAGAGAGGAAAAGGGAGCGCAAGAAGCGGGUGUUGCAGCCAUGUCAGACACACCUUUGCAGCGGAACGGCACAGCAAACGCCCCGAUGUCGUGUGAGGAGGCUCAACUCCACAAAGAGAGGCUGCAGGCCUUGGCGGAGAAACGGAAGCGGCAAACUGAAAUUGAAGACAAAAGAAGCCAGCUUGAUGACCUGCUGCUGCAGCUGCAACAUGUCAAGUCCAAAGCUAUGCGUGAGCGGUGGCUCCUCCAGGGCAUGGGAGUGGAAGAAGAGGAGGCACGGCGGAAACAGCUGGAACAAGAUGAAGAGCAAGGAAAGAGGCUGGAAGACAUGAUACACAGGCUCGAGUCUGAAAUCGGUGCACUCGAAAGUGAAGAGUCUCAGAUUUCAGCCAAGGAGCAAGUUCUUCGAGAACGCCUGAAGGAGACAGAGCGCUCGAUAGAAGACCUGCAGAAGAGUCUGAUGUCCCAGGAUGAAGAUGCCACUGGCUGCAUGUCUGCUCCUCUCUCGGACUGCAUGGACCCCGAUCCCAACCACCUCGCCCUGGCCACACAGCACCAGACUGGCCCACCUGCCCUGGGCGAGAACGCCAGACCAAGACCUGCCAUGUUUGCCAUGGAGAUCAACGUGCAGCACGACCCACGGACUGGUGAGCAGCGCAUCCUCUCAGCCAACCGUGUGAACCCGUUGGAUGCAGCUUCACGUGGGGUCAAAGUCUACGACGAUGGCAGAAAAGUGGUCUAUGAGGUCACUUCCUCUGGGGGCGUGUCCACCACCACUGUAGAGAAUGGCUGGAGCUCUGAACAGGUUGACCAGCUGAUCCAGAGAGCUGCCAGACCUGUAGUACGAGGUGGGGAUGGCGGGAGGAGUCAGGUGACAGUGACUCCAGCUGCCCCACAGACAUAUGUUUCUCCAGCAGAUGUUGAUGAUCUGUCCCCCCCCUCCUGUGCCCCGCCAUCCAUCCCUUCUAGCCCACCAGCCCAGGUUACCCUCCAGAGGGAAACCCAUCUGGGCAUGAUGCCCCCCUCCUCUCCUGCCGUCACGACCCAACCAACAUCCUCAGGCCAGCCGGGCACUGAGCUCACUUCCCCGCCCCAGGCCAGCGUGGAGCACCCAGUCACCAUGGUGUUCCUCGGCUACCAGGACGUUGAAGACAUGAGCGAGAGCAGACAACUGUUGGGAUUCGAUGGCGCUGUGAAGGCUGAGGUUGUUCUCAUCGAUGAAGAUGAUGAGAAAUCACUGAGAGAGAAAACAGUCACCGACAUCUCCGUCAUCGACGGCACAGCAGCAGACCUCGUGUCGGGCCGACCAGUCACGUCUGAAGCUGUCAGCACCGAACUGUCUUCUGAUGGCCGUGAGCCUGACAGUACCUCCUCGCCCCCUGCAAAUCCAGAAGCCAACACGGUCCCCCCGCCCGGCCUCACCCCUGCUACAGUCUACAAUCAGACAUCUGGAGUUACUUUGACAACAGCAAACGGAUGCCAAUCUCCAACUGCAAACACAAAUCUUCACACUGUUAUGAGUGGGAGGACACAGGAUACUGCACUCUCCUCUACUGAGAGAAAAAGAGAGGGACAAGCAAAGGAGAAAUCAUGGCAAGCAGAGGAUGUCAGUGACUCAGUCCCGAGAGAGCGAGCCCUGAAAACUGUCAGUUUCCAGGAGUCAGUCAGCGUUAUCACUGACAGGCCUGCAGCCAUGGAACUGGAGAGCCAGCAGAUCCAGCACGACUGUCUCAGCAGUCCCAGUAACAGAGCCCACAGUCCAGUUGGAAUGAAAUUAGAGACUCCUGACAGUGAGGUAGUGCAGGAGAUCUGCUACCUGGACCAGGUGUUAGAUGCAGCCUCAGAAACACCCACAAAUGGGAACUCCUCUCUGUCACGUCACACCAAACCCAUCAGCAUAGAUGGAACUUCUCCUUCUGUGUGUGUGUCACCCUCCUCCCCUGUCAAUCACCACGCGAUCGUUGUGGAGGGACAAAAACAAACCACGUUUCUCCACCAGGACGAGUCUGCCGUUAAAACCAACGGGCACGUGCAGGGAGACGAGUCUGGGGGCAGCAGGGCAAAGUUUGAGCUGCGAGCAUUUCAGGAAGAGAAACGCCCGGCAAAGCUGUUCACCCCUGGAGAGGAGCAGCAGGUCAGGGUGACGAGGAGACGUCCCUCAGAGGAGGUUCAGGAAUUGGAGCGUGAGCGUCAGGAGCUGAUCAGAGACCAGGCAGUGAAGAAAAACCCUUCGAUUGCCCAGCGCUGGUGGAACCCUCCUCAGGAGAUCCCUUUGGAAGAACAGCUAGAGGCUGAUAAGCUUGAGUCUCUCAGGAAGUACCAGGAGAGGAAACAGCAGCGACAGAAUCACACUUAUGCAUACACACAGCCUCAUGUGUCAGGCCCUCCCACUGUGGUAACCCUUGACUCAGAGCUAACCAGGAAGGAGGACAUCGUGGAGGAGCAGAUCAACUUCUCUUCUGCCAGGAAGCAGUUUCUGCAAGGGGACGCUACCAAGAAGGACGUAGCUCCUCACAUAUACUCUGCCAAACCCUUCUCGAAAUCCACAGCCAGGGGCAGCCACGGGAGCAGUGACUUUGUUGCAGAAACUGGGGAGACACACGUGACCUGGUCUGAUGAAAGAACUAAAGAUGAAUUCACAUGUGUGCGAGCUGUGAUGACAGUCCUACCUGAGGAAGAGGAAGCAAAAGGUCAUUUCCAUCCAGCUUUUCACCCAGAGGAGUCUGACUCAGGACUGGACGAGUUAUCGGUCCGCUCUCAGGACACUACUAUAUUUAGCUUGGAUAAUGUUUCCGACAGCGGGGCUUCACUACCCCCUACGCCAUUGCCACUUACCCCUGUGUCACCACCUACCCCUCAGCCAACUACUCCAGUCAACGGGCAGACGAGUGGCAGUCCAACAGAAGAUGAGCUGGAGUACCACGCUGGGGUUCUUGUUCAAAAUGCCAUCCAAAAUGCCCUAGCAGCUGAAAACGGAGAAGACUGGCAGCAAGCUGACUUGAAUUCUUCACAGCUGAGUACCCCUGCAUCUCCAUGCUCUGUAUCCACAAGCAGCCCAGUGCCAGUUUCUUCCUCCCCUGUGUCUUCUGGUGGAGCCCCCAGUUUCCAGUCACCUGUGUCCUCCAGUCCUGCACCAUCCAACCCAUCCCCACAGCCAGACAGGCAGCCAGUGGUGAGAGUUGUUUCCCAAGAGAAGCCAUCAGAAUCACAAGAGGCUCAGAAGCAACAGCAGUCCCCAAGUCCAGCACAAUCACAGCUCCAGACGCCUUCUCCUCCACCGUCUCAGCCUGUCUCUCCACCACAGAGGCCCAGAGACGGAGGUCCCAGGAUCAAAAUCCAGUCCUCCUACACCAGAGCGCUUGCUUCAUCAGCUCCAGCCCCAGCUCCUGCACCUGUGCCUGCUCCUGCCACGACAGGUCCUGUCUCCAGGCCAACCCCUGUAUACCGUCCCCCGUCUCCUCCAAGCCCAGAGAAGCCAGAGUUCAGCUACUUCAGUAAAUACUCAGAGGCAGCUGAACUGCGUAGCACGGCGGCAGCAGCACGAGGGCCAGAGGUGGAGGCGGCUAGCGGCCCGUUCCGCCUGCGCUCCAAGAAGCAGCGAACUCUGUCCAUGAUUGAAGAGGAGAUCCGAGCAGCUCAGCAGAGAGAGGAAGAACUGAAGAAGCAGAGGGAGGCGCAGCCUACCGGUGUUGUCCGGCCCAGCAGCACUUCCAGCAGUAGUCAUGGACCUGUGAGGACGGGGAUGCGGCACGCCACUAUUUCCCCCGCAGAUAAGAUGAAGAGCAACAGUUUGCCAACUAGACUCACAUUGACAGCACGGACAGCGCCAGGAAAAAUUGAGAAAGUUCGACCUGCGCCACCUGUCUCCCCCUCGACCUCUGAAGGAGCCCUGUCUGAUGCUGGCAGUGAGGACUCUGGAGGAUCACGACCCAAAAACUUCAUGCAGACUCUUAUGGAAGACUACGAAACACACAAAGUGAAGAGGAGAGAGAAAUUGGACGACAACAGUUAUGCCCGUUUGUUGCUGGCUAACGAGGUAACCACUGAGGUUCUGGAGGCCACUCGUGUGACCAGGAGGAAAAGCGACAUGGCACUGAAGUGGGAAGCCGGCAUCUAUGCCAAUGAGGAUGGCAAGGAAGAAGAAGAAGAGGAGGAAGAGGAGGAAGAAGAGGAGGAGGAGGAGGAGGAGUAAAAAGCUCCCUUCAGAGACAAAUACCAGGCCAAUUGGAGAGAAUGAAGGAAGAGAAAGACUGAAGGAAAAGUGACAAAGCAGGAAGGAAAACUAUUUAUUUUAUUAAGAGUAUCUGAAGAUCACAUGACCCCAGCAGUCAGUGGGGCUUUUUGGACCUGAAAACUAAAGGUAUAUUAGCAUGUUAAGUGGCUGAGGAUGUGGGAGAUAUGUGAAGGUGGUGAGCAAUGAAAGAGACACUUCAAAUGUGUUUAAUGGUGGUUUUAGAGCAACGUUUAGUGUUUUUAAUAGCUGGUAGAUGCUAAAUGACUGAAAUAUUCUUAGGAUUUUUCACCUUUAUGCUAUUAUUCAAAUAAGAUCUAAAGCUUUUAUUUUGACUGGUUGCCUGAGACUCUCUGAUGGUGGUUUCAUCUGUGCAUGCUUUAUAAUAACCGCAGUCAUCUUCUGAAAGUGUGGAAAGCUUUUAAUCAAGUGGACAAUAUAAAAGAUAGGCAGAUGCAGCUAUUCAAAGAAAAGAAAGUUCUGAGAGGAAGUAGACAAGGAGAGGCCAGAUCACCCUCUUAUUUUUUGUAAUUUCAGAAAUGCUUUUACCUGGUUUUACUGCUGGAAAGCUGGUGUGUUUUCCAGGAACCGAACCAAAAGGUGCCCCAAGGCGUCACUUUCAGAGCCCAUAAUGGCACAGUGCAGAUAUGACACAAGUUUGACAUGCUUGCCAGGAGCUUUUGCCUUCUUGUCAAUCAACUUUACUGAAUUUUGAGGGGUCAGCAUCCUUUUUUUGUGAAAUGCUAGUCAGGAAAUUUGCAAAACUAGCAAAUCUAAACUUGCCUUAGACCACCUGCUUGUCGGUGCACGGUAUGUAUUGUAUCCUGUAUUACUACACCGUCAGUAGACCUUAGAGAAAAUAAGCAACGACCUUAGAUAGAAAGUUUGCCUGUAAUCGCUUCUUUUCCAGUGCAAAAAGAACGAAACAUGAGGGGGAGGGGGGGAUCUACCUGCUGGUAGUGCUUGCACCAUUUGAGUGAAUGUGUGUGUUAAUUAAAGGGCUGGGUCAGGGGUUUUAUAUAAAAAAAAAAUCACUUAUUUUACCUUUGUUGGCUACGUCGCUUUGUUGACCUGUGCUUUCUGAUGAUGUAAGCAGUUGUUUCAUGUAUUAUACUGAGGUAGGACUGUGUAUUUGACCUAUGAACGUCUGUAUCUACUUGCUAGCCGAGGAUAAAGUUUGAUGAAAAAAAUAAUCAAAAAAGGUUUUUAUAAGAAGUUGUUAUACCAAAACAGAAUGUUAUUUAGAGAAAACCCGCCAGCCUGAGCUCUUCACGUCAUUUUUAAGGCGUAGAAGUGUGCGAAUGGAUUCACACUCCUUUUCUAACCUGAAACAAGCACAUCUGAAAAAAAAAAGUGCAGUGGCAAAAAGAAGGCAAUAAAGGUCUUUCGAGACGCUGAACAGACCUGUGCUGUAAGUUGGGCUUGUAAAGGGUUUUUUUUGUUUUUUUACUAACUGUAUUGUGACUGAAUUUUGCAGAAUAACAUUGAUUUUCUGUUUUGAAGCAUUGAAAUCAUACAAAGUGACGAGGAAAAACAGGAUUCAGCUUCAAGAGUAAAUACACUCUAACACAACCACACUUCUCCCUGGAGUAUAACAGACUGUCUUUAAUUUAAAAUGAAAAGUAGAAAUGUGUCAAACUGGCUGUGGAAACGGUAUUUCUGAACCACUUUUGAUUGUAUUCCUCUGUCGUAGCCUGUGAGAUUUGUUUCUGCGUCCAGAUGAGGAGAAAAAAAGCGUUUUUGUAAACCAAAAGUCACAGUUUUGACCUGUCCAAGUGUCCUUCAGCAAGGCAGCAACUUCUCUCUUUGCUUCCAAACACACUGAAUGUAUGCUGAGCUAAACCACAGAUGUAUUUGCUGGACAUCUACUAACCUAUCAAGUCAAGCCACCCUUUGCAACUUGUUCCACUCGGCUGUCUUGUGAUAUGCUUUGUCAAGAAAGCGUAGCACAAACGCCAUAAACCAAAAGUGAAAACCAAGGACUCCUGACUCUGCGGUGUCCACUUCCAUCAAACCCGAAACAAAUAAUAUUAAAACCCACACAUAUGUUCCACAGAAUCAUCCAAGUUCUCCUUUCAGGGUCUUCUGUGGUGCAGCAGAGGUGCAGUGUCUUUAACGCUGGUAUGAGAUUAUUUUUGACUUAAAGGCUAAAAGACAACAGGACGGAAAAGGUUUUCAUCCAUGUGGGAACCAAUCAAAGUUCUCAGUAGAGUCGCUUUUGAAACGUACACACAGAGGAAUUAUUGAAUGGUGUGAUUUAUUAUUAUUAUUAUUAUUAUUAUAAUUAUUAUUAUUAUGCUUUUGAUGUUUGAAUUUAUGGUGCAGAGAUGAUUUUAUUUAUCAUUUUAAAUGCUGGUAGCUUGUUUUCGGCCUACAGAGCUUCUCCAGUGUGGGACUCACUGUUUGUGUGUGUGAUAAACCAAUCUUAUUAAUACAAUAUAAACACAGUAUAACCCCUGUUUCUAUGUUAACCACUUGUAUGCUCAUACUCUGCUUUGUUAUUUUAUAGCACAUGUAAGGCUCACAGUUACACACCCACUAUACAUAUUAUGAAUAUUUUCUCAUUAAAAACAAAACCUGUA